UUCGUUGUAUUUAUUACUUUUUGUAAUAUCCAUAAGAUUCAGUCACAAAUUUUUUUUCAGAGGUCACUAUUGCAAUUCUUGAACACUAACUCACAAAAAGCAAUUUCACAUUUAGGAAGUAACAUUCUUACACAUAUGCACUGCACGGUUGUGUGAUGAAUAUUAAUUAUUAGCCAAAUAUGGUAAAUUAGUGUCUCACGCAAGACGUGUUUCUCAUGACUUUGCACAUUGAACUGUCUGACCUGUUGUUACGUUCACAGAUUUUAACUGUCAUUCAGAAUAAGUUACAAACAUUUGUGUCAAUAAUGUAGGUUACUCGAAAUGCCAAAGUUGGCACGAACUUAUCAAAUGACCUAUCCAUGUAUAACUUUACACUCAUAUACUACCCCGGAAGUGUUAUGGACUGAAUUAAAACAAUGUGUUUCACAUGGACAUGCUUUGUUUCUACGAAUUUGAUAUACUUAGUCCUAGUGAAAUUCACCCCGUUGGUCGGCGAAAAUGGUACCUUCCAGGAAGUCCUGAGCGGCGUGUAAUCUUCAGUGCUUUAUCGUUUAGUGAAAUAAAUCUAAACUCAGUUCGACUACACAGCCAGUGCUGGCUGAAAACAACAUAACAGUCUUUUAAAAAUGUUAAACUGCGUUGUGUGUUCAGAAGCAGUUGAAUAACGGUACCAGCUCCGCCUGUUAGCAGCUAUCAUGCCAGACUGGGUCAGUCUGUGUGCGCUCAUCAGCCUGUUGUUAAGUCUUUUAACAGUAGCUGCUUACAUCUUGUACUCGGGACUCCUCUCAGACAUUAUUGUGCUAACCGGCUCUCCUCCCAUGAAGAAGAUUACUUUCGCCUACAAAUUUAAAGAGGGACCGUACAAAAACUGUGGACAACUUUUUAAGGAGUCUCACAGUAUUGGACCAAAGCUUUCAUGCAUCGGAGUGUAUUAUGAUGACCCUAAAAAGGUGCCUGGACCACAGUGUCGCUAUGCUGUCGGCAGUAUUCUGAGCGAAGGCGAAAACAAGGCCGAUGAGGAGCUUCUAAAGCGCUAUGAGACAUCUGGCUUUAAUGUCUUCUCCUUUCCCGAAGUCACACAUGUGGUCACUACCUCAUUCCCCCACAGGACGUUUUUCUCUAUUCUCCUGAGUGUGAGGAGAGUCUACCCACGGCUGGAGCUCUACAUCAAGGAAAGGAGGCUGUGUGCACACCCGUUCCUGGAGAUCUACCGGGACGGUCAGAUCCAGUUCAUGGCCCCCUUGGCUCGACAGGGAGAUUUCUAUGUACCUGAAGUCCGGCAGGUAGAAAGACGGCUCUCAGAGGAAUUGCACAGUGACACGGAAAUCUCAGGUGCAGACUCAAACAGUGAAUACAGCUCAGGGAGUGGGGUUCUCCUGUCAGACAGCAGAGAGACGUCCCUGGCGGCCUCCUCUGUCCACUCCUCUGUGCUUACCCAGGAUCAAGGGGAUAGAGACUACAGAGGCAGAAGCUCAGGGGGAACUUCAUUUAAAGAACUGGACUGGGGGGAGCAGGAUGGUGGACAGCAGGAAGAGAGAGAAGAGUGGCCUCAUGGAGACUCUGACCAGAAGAGCCCGGAGGUUCCCACUCAGGAGUGGUGGGGUGUCGUUGGAGGGGAGGAGUGAGAAAUUCAGUCAGACAUAUUGGUUAAGAAUGAGAGAAUAAAGAGAAUGGAGGGUGAUACUCUUUAUUUCUCUUAUUGUUUACAUAUCCCAUGAAAAGACCAAAACCAACAACGUGUUAGUCAGGUUCUCAAUACGCACUGCCUUCACUACCCUGAGAGCCCGUUCUCUCCCACAGAAGAGGUUCAUUUUUAAAAACAGCAUAUGAAUAUUUGAUUUUGUUUCAAGAUAAGAUAUUUCCUAAAACAGCUGGGCACUGAUGUAGUUUUUAGCAAAUAUUAACUAAACUGGAGUAAAUCAAAUGUGGAUUAAUCCACAUUAGGUUUGCUACAGUGGUUUCGGCAGCAGGAUGGUGUAUGCUGGAUCAAUUGUGCAGUGGAGGUGUAUGGCCGAGGAAUAAGCAAUAUCAGGCUUUGGCUAUGCACACAAUUUUGUUAAUUCAUUGUUCAUUUUGGUCUUUUCAUGAGGAUUUCUUUGACGAAAAAAAAAAUAUGGAAUAACACCAGACUCCUCCUUGAAUCCUUCAAUCGCACAGUUUUAAGACGAAAGUGAUACAAUCUGUUCUGAAAACAGAAAACAGAACAUAAUAUUCAGGUAGCCUGAGUUUCUUGAGACAUUUUUACAGAAGGGAUGCCGCUUGUCAAAAUUAUACGAGAUGACUGAACUGAGUGUUUGUCAGCCAAAGCAUUUUACUUGAAUAUCUUAAACCGCUGAUAUUUUCUCUCUCUAUUUGAAAGGAUCAAAGCUGUUGUGUAAUAAGGAGGUCUUUAUUUUGCUGGACUGCAGCUAACCAUAGCCUGCAUUUCUAAUGAGGUAUUUGUUAGAGGAUUGUAACACAAAUAUAAAUAUAGGGAAUUCUUUUCAUUUCAAGUAUAUUUGGUGAAUUGUUUACACAGGACCUCAAUGUGAUUUAUUAAUAACAGACACAAGGCAUUGAAAUUAGUAUAAGCACAUAGAAAGUAAGCACAAAGUGUUCUUCACUGUUUUUGUUUUUGUUUUCUUCUGAGCAUUUGAACACCUUGUUAUGAAUUUUAAAAUGUGUAUUUUUGUAUUUUUACCAGGUUGUGUGUUGGCAUCGCUCUGUUGUUGAUUUCCAAAGAUAAAGGUGUGAAUGAAUAUAAUAUGAUUACCUUCUUACUGUAGUCCUCCUGACUACCUCUGAGAUUUAAGACAUGAUUAUGGUGAGUGUGCAGUCAAGACAAGUGGGCUUACCAUUAAUAUUCAUCUCACUAUGACUGAACCACUCUACCUUGUAUUUACAGUGACUCUACAUCUAGCCUCUGGCAUUCUUAAACCCCCCCCCCCACACACACA